AUGAAGCGCCUCGGCCAGAGAGUGGCCCAACAGCUCUCAAGGAGCAAAGACAACAGCAAAUCCUCCAAGAAGAAUAGGGAAUCGAAGGACGGAGCCGCGUCCCCCUCCUCCCGCGAUUCGAAUCAGUCGCCUGUUCUCACACCAUCGUCGUCGACGUCGACCCUCAACGAUGUCCGCAAGUCUAUGCCCGCCAACCCUUCGGGAAUGGGAGGUGAUCAUUCUACCUCACAGCCUUCCGGCCUCUCCAAUGUUGUGCAACCUGGCAACGUGCCUGACCGGUUCGGUGCAUCUGGCGGAGCCUCGAGCCCCAAUGGUGGACCUAGUAACGUGAGGUUACCACCUACUGUUGUCAUCAGCCCAACGCCUGGACACAUCCCUCCUCCUGGAGCUGCCGAGACCAUGCCUCAUGACCUGGCUCCCCCCAAAGCUGGCCAAAAGUCAUUGCUGAUGCAUAGAGGAAUUGACAAUCGAGACGCGAUACCCGAGGGUUUGAGGACGCCGAAACGACAGCAUUCGUCUCGCUUCGACAUCUCGGCUCAUCGCGAGUUAGAGAAGCUUCCUGGUUUCCACGAGGUGCCUCCUAACCGCAGACAGGAGCUUUUUAUGCAAAAGAUCGACCAGUGCAAUGUUAUCUUCGACUUUAAUGAUGCGAGCGGUGACAUGAAGUCAAAGGAGAUCAAGCGCCUGGCACUACACGAGCUUCUAGAUUACGUUGCGAAUAACAGGCAGGUCAUCACAGAACCAAUGUACCCCCGAGUCGUCGACAUGUUUGCCAAAAACUUGUUCCGUCCGAUCCCGCCACCAAUGAACCCUCAAGGGGAGGCAUUCGAUCCAGAGGAGGACGAGCCUGUACUGGAGGUUGCUUGGCCACAUAUCCAGGUCGUCUACGAGUUCUUCCUGCGCUUCAUUGAAAGCCAAGAUUUUAAUACGAACAUGGCUAAGGCAUACAUCGACCAUAGCUUCGUCCUUCAGCUUCUCGAACUCUUCGACUCUGAGGACCCUCGUGAGCGAGAUUUCUUGAAGACCACGCUCCAUCGAAUCUACGGCAAGUUCCUUAAUCUCCGAUCAUUCAUCCGCCGUUCGAUCAACAACGUAUUCUUUCAGUUUACGUAUGAAACUGAAAGGUUCAACGGCAUUGCAGAGCUACUUGAAAUUCUUGGUUCUAUCAUCAACGGAUUCGCUCUCCCAUUGAAGGAGGAGCACAAGAUCUUUUUGACACGUGUUUUGCUUCCUCUUCACAAGCCUAAGAGCCUGAGCAUGUAUCACCCUCAGCUCGCGUACUGCAUUGUCCAGUUCUUGGAGAAGGAUGCUUCUCUCACGGAGGAUGUUGUUCUUGGCCUUCUGCGAUACUGGCCCAAGGUCAAUAGCACCAAGGAAGUCAUGUUUCUCAACGAAGUCGAGGACAUUUUCGAGGUCAUGGACCCGGCCGAGUUUGCCAAGGUUCAGGAGCCGCUCUUCCAUCAGCUGGCCAAAUCCGUGGCCAGCCCACAUUUUCAAGUCGCCGAGCGCGCAUUGUACUUCUGGAACAACGAAUACUUUUGCAACCUGGUUAGCGACAAUGUGGAGAUUAUUCUGCCUAUUAUGUUUGCACCUCUCUAUGAGAACUCCAAGGGUCACUGGAAUAGAACAAUCCAUGGCAUGGUGUAUAAUGCUAUGAAGCUUUUCAUGGAAAUUAACCCCCAGCUUUUUGAUGAUUGCUCGCAUGACUACACGGAGCAGCAGAAUAGCGCAGCCGAAAGGGAAGCUAUCCGUGAGCGGAAAUGGGCUGCCCUGGCCGAAAAGGCCGAUAUACAACGUGAAUCAAAUGGCACUGCCAAUGCGUCUGGGAGGGCCCAGGGAGGCAACCUCGCUCGUGUGGAUGAAGUUGAUCCCCUCACCGAGGACAACCAGAAGCGCCUCAACUCUUUGAAGCUCCAAGAUGCCUCAGCACGCCGCCCAGGGAACCAUGAGCGCCAAAGUUCAGUGGGCUCCGCAAAAUCCAGGUGA